CUCGCUCAAGAGAGAGCAUCCCUCUUUCGAUAAGAGCAACGAUGUGGGCGUUAGUUGCAUUUAUUUCAAGCGCGGUUAGAAGAUGUGACUUUUGAACCGCUGUUUGCAGGAUCGCUCCUCCAGGAAUCCGGCGGCUCCUUGUGCGGUUGUGUGUGUGUGUUUUUCAGCACCACGGACAGCUGCCUGGCACGCGGCUCAAACUUCAGACAGCUUCACUCACCUCCUCGAUUCAUCCAGCUCCUCUGUAGUUCGCAGGCACACUUGAUUUAGAUCUUUUUUAAAAAGAGAAAAAAACUCCAACGGUGGUGCGAAAAAUAUGCGUUCGGUGUACACUGAGGAUUCACUGCACGGUAGCGCUGGAACCUGAGGAACCCUUAGCAGGCUGUAAUCUACAAACACUCUGAAGAAGAGAAGGACGAGGAGGAUGGCAAUGAUGCUGUAAAUGGCCUCUGUCAGAAUAAAAACAGUGGAGCUUUGAGAUCUGGUGGGGCUGCUGCGCCUUACUGUUCUUUUCUUCAGUGCCGCUGUAUUCAAAACCCGACUGGACGCUGACCAGAAACCACAGGCAGGACGGUGACUUGGUUUUGCCCAGGGAUAUGUCAGUGGGGAAAUCCCCUGUGUUGGGGGUGCGCCCUGUGCCCCGACCCCUCUGGCUGCCUCACCUCAGCCUGCUGUACUUAUGUGUGACUCUCUUCGCCCAGGCUCCCCAGGGUUUGCCUGUGGUGGGUUACAACACUGACUCCAAGAAAGAGAUCACACUGGAUGGAGAUUUGAUGAUUGGCGGCCUGUUCCCCGUACACCAGAAAGGUGAGGGUGCAGAGGACUGUGGGAAGAUCAACGCUCAGAGAGGGAUCCAGAGACUGGAAGCCAUGCUCCUGGCAUUAGAUGAAAUCAACAAGGAUGAGCACAUCCUUCCUGGGCUCAGACUGGGAGCUCAUAUACUGGACACAUGCUCUAAGGACACCUAUGCUCUGGAGCAGUCUCUAGAGUUUGUCAGGGCCUCCCUCACCAAAGUUGAUGACAGUGAGUACACGUGCCCUGAUGGCUCCUAUGCCAUCCAUGAUGAUGUCCCUCUGGCUAUCUCCGGGGUCAUAGGAGGGUCCUACAGUGAUGUCUCCAUUCAGGUAGCCAACCUGCUGCGUCUUUUCCAGAUCCCUCAGAUCAGCUAUGCUUCUACCAGUGCCAAGCUAAGCGACAAGUCCCGCUAUGACUACUUUGCCCGCACUGUGCCACCCGACUUCUACCAGGCCAAGGCCAUGGCAGAGAUCCUCCGUUACUUCAACUGGACAUACGUAUCGACGGUGGCGUCGGAAGGUGACUAUGGUGAGACUGGCAUUGAUGCCUUCCAGCAGGAAGCUCGUGCCCGCCAGAUCUGCAUUGCCACUUCAGCCAAGGUGAGCCGCUCCAUGAGCCGCUGGAGUUAUGAAAAUGUGAUCCGCUCUCUGCAGCAGAAGUCCACCGCCAAGGUGGUCAUUCUGUUCACACGCAGCGAAGAUGCCCGUGAGCUGCUGGUAGCAGCCAACCGCAUGAAUGUGACCUUCACCUGGGUGGCAAGCGACGGCUGGGGAGCCCAGGAGAGUGUGGUGAGGGGAAGUGAAGCUGUGGCAGAUGGGGCGUUCACCAUUGAACUUUCCUCCUAUCAAAUUCCCAAGUUUAAUGAUUACUUCACUUCCCUGCAUCCAUACAACAAUACCAGGAAUCCCUGGUUCAGAGAGUUUUGGGAAAACCAGUUCCAGUGCAGCCUCCAUGAUCUGGGCUGUGGGAAACACUCACUCCGGGAAGUUCCAUUUCAACCAGAAUCUAAGAUCAUGUUUGUAGUGAAUGCUGUCUAUGCAAUGGCUACUGCCUUACACAACAUGAGGCAGGCUUUGUGCCCAAACUCCACCAAGGUGUGUGAGGCUCUUAAACCUGGCAAUGGACGAAAAUUUUACAGAGACUACAUUCUCAAGGUCAAGUUUGAUGCCCCCUUUCGUCCCCCAGACAGAGACAAUAUAGUCCGCUUUGAUGCUUUUGGAGACAGCCUUGGUCGUUACAACAUUUUUCACUACCACAAAGAUGGGGAACGCUAUGUCUACCGUAAAGUUGGCUACUGGGCUCAAAGCCUGAUCCUGAACAACACCCUGAUUCCCUGGUCUGCUGAUGCUGUGCCCACCUCCCAGUGUAGUGACCCCUGCAGGAAGAACGAGAUAAAGAGUAUGCAGCCGGGAGAUGUGUGCUGCUGGAUCUGCAUCCCCUGUCAGCCCUACCAGUACUUGCACGAUGAGUUUACCUGUGCUGACUGCAGCUUUGGACAGUGGCCCCUGGCCAAUCUGACAGGCUGUUAUGAUCUGCCUGAGGAGUACAUCCGCUGGGAAGAUGCCUGGGCCAUUGGCCCUGUCACCAUCGCAUGUCUAGGGAUCAUGUGUACACUCUUUGUUAUUGGCCUCUUUCUUAAGCACAAUGAGACACCUGUGGUGAAAGCUAGUGGACGCGAACUCUCCUACAUUCUUCUGCUUGGAGUGCUGAUGUGUUAUUGCAUGACAUUCAUAUACAUCGCCAAACCUUCCACAGCUGUGUGUACACUGCGCCGGCUAGGCUUAGGCACCUCCUUUGCCGUCUGUUACUCAGCCCUCUUAACCAAGACCAAUCGCAUUGCUCGGAUCUUCAGUGGAGUGAAGGAUGGAGCCCAGAGGCCUCGAUUUAUCAGCCCAGCUUCCCAGGUUGCCAUCUGUGGUGCUCUGAUCUCUUGCCAGCUGGUAGUGGUGGUGGUCUGGCUGCUGGUGGAGGCCCCAGGGGUGAGAAAGGAAGUGAACCCAGAGAGGAGAGAUGUGGUCACCCUGAAGUGUAACAGCAAGGACUCCAGCAUGCUCAUGUCUCUCACUUACAACUGCAUCCUCAUUAUCCUCUGCACAGUCUAUGCCUUCAAGACCCGCAAAUGCCCUGAAAACUUCAAUGAGGCCAAGUUCAUCGGGUUUACCAUGUACACCACCUGCAUCAUCUGGCUGGCUUUCCAGCCCAUUUUCUAUGUUACUGCCAGUGACUACAGGGUACAAACCACUACCAUGUGCAUCUCAGUCAGUCUCAGUGGGUCGGUGGUACUGGGUUGCCUCUUUGCUCCCAAGAUCCACAUCAUCCUGUUCCAGCCGCAGAAGAAUGUCAGUACCCUCAGGGUGGCCACCACCCGCUUCAGUGUAAACACUGGCCCCGGCUCCAGUUUUUCUCAAGCAUCAGCCUCCAAUGUUGUUCCAACAGUGUGUAAUGGACGCGAGGUGGUGGACUCCACAACAUCCUCUUUGUGAAGAUCAGCUGAG